CAGGUGAAGGGUCCUGGGGCCUAGGACGGUGCUCCGGAGCUGCAGGCACUGGCCGGCCGUGGAGAGGCCGGGUCCGGAGCCAGGAGGCGCGCGGGGGUGGGCGCUGCAGCCGCGGGUUGUUUAUCCGGAGUACGGAGGGGAGGGGGGAGCCUGGAAACCGCCCCGUGUCCCAUUUCCUCCUCUUGUUUUCGCUCCGGAUUCUCCAUGUUGGACCCAAACUGAGGAGCCCGGAGCUGCUGCCGGGGGAUCGGGGCCGGGGGCAACCGGGGAGCCGCUGCCCGGGCCGCCCGCCCUCCGUACAGGCCGCCUCCCUUCCCGGCCCAGGGAGGGAACGAGAGCAGGGAUGUGAACAGCUGUGGGAGUCCGAGUCUCGGGAGCCGGAGCCGGAGCGGGCCCCCGCCCAGGCCCCCCAGCCCAGCCCAGCCUGCGCGCCCGCCGGUCCUCCCGCCCAGCCAGCCCGGGCCCGCGGGAUUGUUAGAUGGAACACGGCUCCAUCAUCACCCAGGCGCGGAGGGAAGACGCCCUGGUGCUCACCAAGCAAGGCCUGGUCUCCAAGUCAUCUCCUAAGAAACCUCGUGGACGGAACAUCUUCAAGGCCUUUUUCUGCUGUUUUCGCGCCCAGCAUGUUGGCCAGUCCAGCUCCUCCACUGAGCUCUCCGCAUACAAGGAGGAAGCCAACACCAUUGCUAAGUCGGAUCUGCUCCACUGUCUCCAGUACCAGUUUUAUCAGAUCCCGGGGACCUGCCUGCUCCCAGAGGUGACAGAGGAAGAUCAAGGAAGGAUCUGCGUGGUCAUCGACUUGGAUGAAACCCUUGUGCAUAGCUCCUUUAAGCCAAUCAACAACGCCGAUUUCAUAGUGCCUGUCGAGAUUGAGGGGACCACUCACCAGGUGUAUGUGCUCAAGAGGCCUUACGUGGAUGAGUUCCUGAGACGAAUGGGGGAGCUCUUUGAAUGUGUUCUCUUCACUGCCAGCCUGGCCAAGUAUGCCGACCCAGUGACGGACCUGCUGGACAGGUGCGGGGUGUUCCGGGCCCGCCUGUUCCGGGAGUCCUGUGUGUUCCACCAAGGCUGCUAUGUCAAGGACCUCAGCCGCCUGGGAAGGGAUCUGAGGAAAACCCUCAUUCUGGACAACUCUCCUGCUUCUUACAUCUUCCACCCAGAAAACGCAGUGCCCGUGCAGUCUUGGUUUGAUGACAUGGCAGACACUGAGUUGCUGAACCUAAUCCCAAUCUUUGAGGAGCUGAGCGGAGCAGAGGAUGUCUACACCAGCCUCGGGCAGCUGCGGGCCCCUUAGCCUUCCCUGCUUCCGAGCAAUGGCCAUCCCAGUAGGGGACUUUCCUACACUGUGCCUUUAUGACCAGCCUGACAGAGCGGAAGCUGGAGCAUCUCACCAAACGGGGCCUGGGAAUAGAAGUGGUUGGAAAGAGCUUUAGGACAGGAUAGAUGCCAAGCGGGCACAUCCCAGACCGACGGCACCUAGAGCUGCCUGCUCCCUGAGUUGGGCUCCCAGAUGUGAGUGUGUGUGUGUCUGUGUCUGUGUGUGUCUGUGUGUAUAUGUGUGUCUCCCCUUGGACUGCGGCCCCAGGAUAUAAGUGUUUCAUGUUGAGGGAGAAACUGAAAGAUGAAGACUCCCGGAGUUAGUCUGUCUCCUGUCCGGUCACCCUGGGAGCCGCUGAGCUCGAUAGGGAUGAAGACGAUUGAAGGCUUUUGCUGCCAAACCCAGCGCCUUUCCUCAGUGUUGUAAGGCUCGUGCCAAGGAGAAAGGGAGUCCAAGGCUGCCAUCGGGUGUCCCAGGCACACACCUUUCUGAAACCUUUCUCCAGCCAGCUUUCUGCAUACAGAAAGACAACGUUUCUGGAAAGAUGAAAGCUUGUUUCCAGAACCAGUAGCCCCAGUGGCCAUCACGUCCUGUGGUCCGAGGGCUGCGCUCGCCUCCAGCCAAGUGCCUGGCACGGGCCCUUUCUGUGUCUCCCCAAGGCUCGGGCUCCGGGCCUGCCUUCCUCACCACCCAGCCAUAGUCUUGAACCUGUGGGGAAGGAGGUCUUCUCCCUGCCCUGGAAGAGGACAGAUAACUGAUUUCCGUUCUUCCGACUCUGUUUUAAAAUUCUCUUUCUAAACAUGGAGUGUUGGGCCUGUUUUGUUUCUGACAGAGCUGCAGCCCUGGGCCUGUGAUGAAUGUGGGAGGCUCUGGGGGUGCAGGGAGGAGGAAGACCCCACCCCCCCAAGCAUGAAUGUGUGUGUCCCCUUGGCUUGUAGAUCAGCUGAGUAUGGGACUGCGUCCCUAAGUCUGUGCUUCAGGGAUUCUCUGCUGGUGCUGGUGCGAGGGCUUGUGUUCCAAAGUCCGGGAAGGGCGCUCCCCGCCCAGCCCCUCCUACUUCUUGGGCAGGGCUCUUUCCCGUUGUGUCUUCCCCUGGGCCUGGCCUGUGCCUCUCUCUGUCUACUCCUGUCUUCCUCCCUCCUGGCUGUUGCUUUGUUUCCUCCGGGGCCUCAGAGGCACUCCUGCUUUCCCUGGGCUGAGGGGAAUGGGCGUUGUCAUUUCAUUUGCCAGCAUAAUGCACGUGCCGCUUGCUUCUUGCAUCAGGUGUGAGUGAGCCCUUGACACACCUGCACUUUGCUCCCCCCCCUCCCGCCCGGCUUUCAGACUUUCUCAGUAGUGAAUGCUUUAAAAGACAAAAAAUAGCCACAAAAUGGAUGUUUCCUGAGGAUGGAAAACAAAAGGGGAAGGAAGUACUGCUGGAAUUGGGAGCACAAGGGGUUCCCCUCAGGAGCUGAGCCCCACCUCAGCAUCACUGCCUUAAUCACGGCCUUCCCUCCCUUCUCCUUCUAGGGCAGGAGGGAGUUCCUCUCCCCUCCCCAGUUCUGUUUUCCCUGGAGGCAGGUGUCACAGAGCCUUUGUGAGUUGCUUCAGGUGUGAGGACACCACCCCCGCGCCCCCCCCCCCCAGGACUCCUAGCCCUGUUCCCCUUUGCAGUGUCCACACUGGAUCCACACUGGGUCCGGCCUGAGGAAUUGACGAGUUUUGAGCAAAGCGGGCAGUAGGGCAGCAGCUUGGUGUCCUGAGUGGCACCGGGCUGACGAGCGUCUUUCUGCAGCAUUGUGUGUUACCACCUCCGCUCCUCGUCCCGAGGCCAAAGGGCCUGGUCUUUCCCUUUGGUGUCACAGAAGUGGAACAGAGGUCCCCAAAGCUCGUGUGGCCCUUUCUGCCAGUAUCCUUCUCCGGGGCCCCCGGGGUCCUGCAAGCAGGGGAAGAGGGCUCCGGUGCUAGCCAGGGAGGGGUACCUCCUGAAGGAAGAUGGGAGCUUCUGAUUCUAAGGCCCUGGCUCGGCCUCUACCCUAAUGCCUUGGGGUGUUUCUCCCAAGCCCCACCCUAAGUGUUAGCCCCUGGGCCACAUCUGCCAUCUGGGCCCAGCCAAGCUUUUCUGACUAAAUAAGCAAUAAGAGGCUCUAAGCUGAUCCAGUUCUUAGGUCCCUCUCUGCCCUCCUUUGGGUCUCCAUGUUUCUCCAGGUGAAGGAAGAGCCUGUGCCUCCCCCUUUCCUACCAGGCCUAUCCAAAUGCCCCGAGUGUGACUCAUGACCAGAGCCCCCGGUUAGCUUGGUGAGGGGUGUCCCUGCUGCUUCUAUGUGAAGCCCUGCCCACCUGCAGUUUCUCAACAGAAAUCCCAUAUUCCCACUGUCCCCUUUCUCCUGCCGUCUGCAGAGAAGCAGCUCAGCCAAAUAAGCCUAAACAGGGUCCAUCCGUGUGGACCAGAGCCAACCUGAAGUCCUUUGCUGUCUGGCUUCCAGUUCCACAGUGUGUUAGGGGCAAGUGAUGAUUGCAAAACUCGCUCCUUAGAGGAAUCAGGCCAGACUCCCAUUUUGGAGGAGGGCAGGAUUGGGAGGGAGCCAGUUCAGCCCAGGAUGUGUUCUGGGGCUUCCCAGCAGCCCUUCCUGUCCGAGACUGUCUUCAGGAGGCAGUCGGCUGCUGUGCCUGGUCAGCCCCCGUCCAAGCCAUGCCAGGAACCUGCCCAACUGCCAGGGUCAGUUCUUUAAGGUGCCUCUUCAGGGACACACUGUGUCUCUCUGAUUGGGCUUCUAAAUCAAAAGCCUGAUGUUCGUGUCCCUCUCAUAGGGGGAGCUUUGGACACAGGACCAGUCUGGAAACGGUCAAGGUAAGAGUUGUCACUCUGCACAUUGUAGAGGGGACGCUCUGUAGGCCCAGGGGUCCCUUACUAUAAAGAGGUUGAGUACAUUUGCCUUCAGUUAACCUGGGACCUUCGUUUAGUUCCUCCUGCCUCCCAAAGAUUUUGACCAUUUUGUAAAUGUAUAAACUCACCUCUAUAAACAGUGUCCCAGAAGCAUCUUUGUGCUAAAAGCAUGGGAAGUGUAGAAAGGCAGUCAUUCCCUGGGAAAUGGAUCCCAUUUAAAUCUGCUCCCCCUACCCUGUUCCUGAGGCCUCCUUCAGUAGGGCAGCCCCCAGGGAAGGCUGUCCUCCCUCCCAUUCCCAGCCAGGCCGAGUGUCUGUGGAAGGUAAGCCUAUUUCCCCCCUUCAGGUCUUCAAUCGGUUACCACUCUGUUCCUCAGUCAUUUUUUGUAAAAUGGAGUUCGUUUUAUCUUUCUCUUUUUUAAAAUGCCAAUAAAUAUUUGCAUUCGAGCAGGGGAGGGAAGGCGGAGGUCUGACCCACUGUCCCAUGCCCGCCGUAAGGGUCGGCCCCAGAGCAGACCCUCUUUGGGCCCCUCGAGCUUUGCGUAUAGUAUCCCAAGUUUGACACAUUCCAGGUCAUGCCACUUUCCCCCUCAAGAUGCCAUUUGGAGGGCAGGGCGUCUGCUUCCCACUGUGACUGGGCUAUGGGACUCUGACUACCUUGCUUACAGAUUCAUGGUUUGAUAAAUUUGUUGUAUUCAAAAACUUGAAAUGUAGGACGCCAUUAAGUGUCUGUUUAUAUUUUUGGAAUAUUUGUAUUACUUACAAUUAAUUAAUAAAAGCGGGUUUUAAAAAACCCAUCCAGGAAUGGGA